AGGCAGGUGUUAAGCUCAUACUGUGUGAGAGAGUGAAUGAGAGAGAGGGAACCAGGGAGAGAGAGAGAGAGAGAGAAACAGUGAGGGCAUGGUAAAAAGGCUAAAGCGCUAACUGAAUAGAUAGAAGGCUGGAGGCAGACGACACAUAGUGGAGGUAGAGAGAGAUUGUUGUAAGACUAAGACUUUCAAGAGAAGCAGACACAGACUCCCAGAGAGAGAGAGACGUAAACACCAUGCUAAGGAGGAAGAGGAGUGUGUCCUUCGGAGGGUUUGGAUGGAUUGAUAAGAGUACGGUCAGUGCACUCAGAGCACGGAAGCAGGAGAGAGAGCUGCUGACCAUCUCUAAUGUUCCCCUGGCAGACUGCCCCCCCUCUCCUCCGCGCACUGCACCCCCCACCAUGAAGUCUGCCCAUUUCUUCGACAUGAUGGAGAAGAUGGAGCAGGUACCAGAGUUAGCAGAAAAAACAGUGGCUGGUCCUCAGAGACUGAAGGAUGACUACAUCCCAUACCCCAGGAUAGAGGAGGUGCUGGAGAGGGGUGGGCCGUACCCCCAGGUGAUCCUGCCAGAGUUUGGGGGAUACUGGAUUGAGGACCCUGACGCCCUCGUCCCCACACCCCCUUCUCGGUACCCCAGCCUGUGUGGCAGAGGGGACGAUGGAGGGGGAGGAGAAGGGGAAGAGGAGGACGCUGCCCUAGUGGGUUAUGGGUACCGGCUGGAGAGUAAUGAAGCAGCACGCGCCUACAGGAAGCACUUCCUGGGCAAGGACCACUUGAAUUUCUACUGCACGGCCAGUUGUCAUGGCAACCUCAUUCUGUCUGUGAAACAUGAGGAAGUGAAGAGUCAGGAGUAUCUACAUGUCAUCCUCAGGUCGAGGAUGAAAACAAUGUAUGAUAGGAUCUCUCUAGCAGAACUUCCUGAGCUGCCUAGUGUCCCUCAACUAGCCAAGCUGCUGUGUGAGGAUGCUAUUGGUCUCAGAUUCACUCCAGUUCUGUAUCCCAAGGCCUCCCAACUUAUAGUGAGCUAUGAUGAACAUGAGGUGAACACCACCUUCAAGUUUGGGGUCAUCUACCAGAGGUUUGGACAGGUUUCGGAGGAAGAGUUGUUUAGAAACAGUGAGGAGACACCAGCCUUCACUGAGUUCCUCAGUUUACUGGGAGAGACUGUAGACCUACAGGACUUUAAAGGGUUCCGUGGUGGUCUGGAUGUGUGUCAUGGUCAGACAGGCUCACAGUCGGUCUACACAGACUACAGAGAACAGGAGAUCAUGUUCCAUAUCUCUACCAAGCUGCCCUACACAGAGGGAGACAGGCAACAGCUCCAGAGGAAGCGACACAUAGGAAAUGACAUCGUAGGAGUGGUGUUCCAGGAAGAGGCCACACCCUUCGUAGCAGACAUGAUCGCCUCAAACUUCCUCCACGCCUUCAUACUGGUGCAGGUGGACAACCCCUGUACCCAACAAACCACCUACAAGGUGUCAGUCACAGCCCGAGAGGGUGUACCUUCAUUUGGCCCGCCCCUCCCCAGUCCAGCAGUGUUUAAAAAGGGUCCAGAGUUCAGAGAGUAUCUUCUAACUAAGUUGAUCAAUGCAGAGAAUGCCUGCUACAAGAGUGACAGAUUCGCCAGGCUGGAGGAGCGAACGCGGGCGGCCCUGCUCGACGGUCUACAUGACGAGCUGCACAGACAGACUCAGCGCAUGCUGGGAGUGGGCAUCGGCCCCGAGGAGGAGCGGGCGGAGAAUGGACAUGGCCACGGAGGACUGCUGGAGUCCAUCAAGAGGGCGAUGCGAGGAAGGAGUGUCUCCAUGGAGAUGAUGGCAAAGGGUGGAGGAGGUGGCCUGUCCACCAGUCUGAGUGGAGGGGUUCUGCUCCACAGCAGCUCUGAUGCAACUAAUGUUAAGUCUCCAGUGAAACGUCGCUCUGGUCUUUUCCCUCGUCUGCUCAGUAUAGACAGCCAGACAGAGAGACAUAACCCCAAUCAUCGCAGUCUCCAUAGUGACCAGAGAAGCUUUGAUACUGGCCACCCCACGCAGGAAGUGAGGUCAGAGACCCUCUCUAACCCCAGCUCUCCAGAGGCCUCCCUUAAGGAAAGGCCCAGCAGUGUAAAGUUGAAUGAGUGCAGUGCAAGCAGGACAAACGUCUCACACUCCUCAUCUAGUACAAGUAGCUUCAGCAGUGCAGCAGGAGAGGGAGAGGCCACCGACACUGACCCUAACACCCUGGCACCCUCAGUGUUCCUUUCUGUUCACAGCCCCUCCCUCACUGUUGAAGGUCAGAGUUCAGGGACCCCUGUCAUUAUGUGUCGCAGCCCCACUGAGUUAAAGAAUAAGAGUUCUCCUAGAUCCAACUUGAAGUUCCGUUUUGAUAAAUUGAAUCACUCUGCGACAGGACAAUAGGUGACAGAUGUGGGAUGAGAGAGAGAUAAAACAGUUCAAAUGGGAUAUAUAUAUAUCUAGAGGUAUGAAGGGCAGUACAUUAGGGAUGGGUGGAGAGAAAUAAGAGAGAGAAGGCCCCUCCAACCUGAGGAAGAGGUUGAAAGAAGAGAAAUGGCUCAAGAUGGAUGAUUCGGUACACACACUACAGUGGAAGUUUUAGGCCCAGGCAAAGCUGUGCUCUGCCUAGUGGAUAAUGGUCCUUUCAUAUUCAGCUGUCUGUGUGGUUGUUUCCUGAACACUGAUCAACGUUCUAUGAGUGGCUCUAACAUGGGUCCUUGUCAGCAACUGCACUGCAUUCAAUACCACACAGAACUGUAAGGCGUACAUUUACAUCACUAAGGCCAGACGUUUUUCCUGACCAUGUGGUCUAACCAGGAAAAACUCUGGCCAUAGGCAUCACCAAUGGAGGCAAUAUUGAUGUCCAGACCGCCAUUCUUGGAAAGGGAAAAAUAAUCAUGGCUUGUCAUACAAAUGUUACAAUCUGAGGGUCCCUGAAAUUUCUACACUGAACAAAAAUAUAAAAGCAACAUGUAAAGUGUUGGUCCCAUGUUUCAUUAGCUGAAAUAAGAUCCCAGAACGAUACGCACAAAAAUAUGAUUUCUCUAAAAUGUUGUGCUCAAAUGUAUUUACAUCCCUGAGCAUUUCUCCUUUACCAAGAUAAUCCAUCCACCUGACAGCUGUGGCAUAUCAAGAAACUGAUUAAACAGCAUGAUCAUUUCAUGUGCACCUUGUGCUGGGGACAAUAAAAGGCCACUCUAAAAUGUGCAGUUUUGUUACACAACACAAUGCAACAAAUGUCUCAAGUUUUGAGGGAGCAUGCAAAUGGUAUGCUGACUGCAAGAAUAUCCACCACAGCUGUUGGCAGAGAAUUGAAUGUUAAUUUGAUGUAUGCACUUCACGGAUGAAUCCCGGUUUCAACUGUACCCAAGCAGAUGGCAGACAGCGAGCACGUAUGGCUUCGUGUGGGCGAGUGGUUUGCUCACGUCAACGUUAAAAACAGAGUGCCCCAUGGUGGCGGUGGUGUUAUGGUAUGGGCAGGCAUAAGCUAUGGACAAUGAACACAAUUGUAAGGGUUUUCCUCUGGUGAAGGAGAAGCGGACCAAAAUGCAGCGUGGUGGUUAUUCAUGUUCUUUAAUAAAGGAACUCGACAUGAAAUAACUAACAAAACAAUAAAUGUGCGAAAACCUAAACAGUCCUAUCUGGUGCACAGACAGGAACAAUCACCCACAAACACACAGUGAAACCCAGGCUACCUAAAUAUGGUUCCCAAUCAGAGACAAUGACUAACACCUGCCUCUGAUUGAGAACCAUAUCAGGCCAGACAUAGAAAUAGACAAACAAGACAUACAACAUAGAAUGCCCACUCAGAUCACACCCUGACCAACCAAAACAUAGAAACAUACAAAGUAAACUAUGGUCAGGGUGUGACAACAAUUGCAUUUUAUCAAUGUCAAUUUGAAUGCACAGAGAUACCGUGAUGAGAUCCUGCGGCCCAUUGACGUGCCAUUCAUCCGCUGCCAUCACUUCUUGUUUCAGCAUGAUAAUGCAUGGCCCCAUGUCUCAGGGAUCUAUACACAAUUCCUGGAAGCUGAAAAUAUCCUAGUUCUUCCAAUUGCUUGCAUAGUCACCAGGCAUGUCACACAUUGAGCAUGUUUGGGAUGCUCUGGAUCAACAUGUACGACAGUUUUCUCCAGUUCCCGCCAAUAUUCAGCAACAUCGCACAGCCAUGGACAAUCAGUGGAACAACAUUCUACAGGCCACAAUAAACAGCCUGAUCAACUCUACGCAAAGGAGAUGUUGCGCUGCAUGAGGCAAAUGGUGGUCACACUAGUUACUGACUGGUUUUCUGACCCACGCCCUUACCUUUUUUUUCAAAGGUGUCUGUGACCAACAGAUGCAUAUCUGUAUUUCCAGUCAUGUGAAGUCAUAGAUUAGGGCCUCAUUUAUUUAUUUCAAUUAACUGAUUUCCUUAUAUGAACUGAAACUCAGUAAAAUCGUUGAAAUUGUUGCAUGUUGCGUUUAUAUUUUUGUUCAGAAGGAAUAAAGUGAUUCCUGAUUCUGUUCUAAUUGUUCUAUUUCUCUGUCUGAAACAAUAAUCCAUGCAAAAGAGAAAAUGACAAUGCAAAAUCAAAGAAAAAGAAACAUGUACUCAGCAAACAUCACUUUAUUGGCCCCAUGUGGGUAUUCGAUUGGCAAGGUGGGAACGGGCUAGCCCUCACCAGCCCAACAUGGACUAGCCCACAGCAAUCCCACAUCCGCCCAACACAGGCCAGUCCACACCAAGCCAGUAGCAUGUAUUUAUUGAUACCAAGAGAAUCCAGGCCUCCCCCCCAAAAAAAAAAAAAAAUACAAACAAAAUUAUUGUCUUUUGUCUCUCUGUGUUUCAUACAUUCAGCCUCUUGUGAAUUGAAUGAAAUGUAUCUAACCGGAGAAAGCAUUGAAGCGAAACAGCCCCUUUCUGUCUCAGCAUGUGUAGCCCAUCUAUCUGAUGCUGUUUGGUCAAAAAGAGUAUGACAUUGUUGCCGCCCGUAUCAUUGAACGCAAGCGAAGCCAGCAAUCAUUUGGCCUCGGUAUCAUUUGGCAUUUGGCCUUGUCAUGCUACCAGUUUCUUGCCAAUUUCUCGCAUGGAAUAGCCUUAAUUUCUCAGAACAAGAAUAGACUGACGAGUUUCAGAAGAAAGUUCUUUGUUUCUGGCCAUUUUGAACCAUUUUGAGCCACAACUUGCCAUUGGAAUAUAGGAGUGAUGGUUGCUGAUAAUGUGCCUCUGUAUGCCUAUGUAGAUAUUCCAUAAAAAAUCUGCCAUUUCCAGCUACAUUCCAGUCAUUUACAACAUUACCAACGUCUCCACUUUAUUUCUGAUCAAUUUUAAACGAUAAAAAAAUGUGCUUUUCUUUCAAAAACAUGGACAUUUAUAACUGAACCCAAAAUUUUGAAAAGUAGUGUAUGUACAGUGUGUGUGUGUAUAUGUAUAUGUAUAUAUAUGUAUAUGUAUAUAUAUAUAUAUAUAUAUGUAUAUAUAUUAAAAGAGCACACAUCUUGAAAAUUGUUUUCAUUCUCUCAUGUAAUUGCACUAAAAUACCUGGUGGUUAUGGGUGCGCUUGCUUCAAUGCUCGCCCGGAUGUCAGGCGGGUCUUGGUCCUUCCCACCCUUGGAAAAUCCCUUUGGGCUGGGGCCAAGUGCACCCACUGACCAGAGCACCCACUAAUGGGAGCGGCCAUUUGUAUUGUAUUUGCAUUGCACUGUUGAUGUUGUUGUCAAAAAAUUUUUUUUUUAAUAUAUACAAAAAUACAAAUAGCAUUGAAAGCACGAGUACUUAUUUUCUAUCCAUUAUGCACCUGACCUCUCCUUACUAAACCUGAUUUUACUCAAGUGGUAAACCCUUAUCAAUAGUGUCUUAAAUUAUCCCCAUAACCAAGCACUGAAUCAAGUAAUUGAGUACAGUAUUUUUCACAUAUAAAUAUAGUAUAUGAAUAUAUGAUGUACAUGUCAGUAUGUUAUAUGAUUGACAAAUGCCUAUUUGGAUUUAUGUGUGAUUUUAUGAUGAGGGACAACAGUUGUGGAGGUUUCCUGAUGUCUGUUGUUGUCACCCCUGGUAAUGUAUAGAUUAUAGCCUAUAUACUAUUUAUGAUUGAGCACAUAGCUAACCCUAUGACUGUGAUAUAUGGGUCAGACAUAAACAAUUUAAAAAAAUGUAGGUAUUGUGUUGCCAUUGUCUUGACAAUGAAAUAAUAAGUAUGUAAUUUACAGUUAACUCAUGUAAAUCAAAUUUACUUAUGUGCCAAUGGAGAAUUUGCUGAAUAAAAUGCUGUAUUUUGUGUCACAA